AUGAUAAGCUACCCCGAAGAUCAGAAGCGUGGAAGAUAUCUUGCGGAUUGGCUUGCCUACCGUAAUGGCGGUUCAAUCGUCGGUGGUGCCAUCAACCUCGCUUUCAAUUCCACUGGGAAAACCACGGGAAAGUUAGAUUGGAGAACAUAUGUUGUUUUCGUGGCCUUGCAAUGCCUUGGCCCCUUCGUUGCCAUGCUGCUUUCACCCCCUGAGAAGGUCCAGCGUCAAGAUGGCAGAAAAGUCCCUAAGGCCGAGCAAAUUCCGACGACUGCUGAGCUGAAGGCCGUUGCUAAGAUUCUGGUCCGGAAAGACUUUCUUCUUGUGUAG